GAUUCAUGUAAAUGUAAAAAAAACAAACAACUGUUAAGAACUAAGAAACCAAAACGUGGACAACAAAUCUACCAACGUGCUUAUACUCCAAAUUCAUCUUUCCUAAAAGCAAACAAAUUUCUUUUUGAUGUUAAUACCAAGUUUGAUUAUAAUAGCAAUUUUGAAGGAACGUUCUCUUAUACUUUCUGUAGUGCUUGUAAUAGUAAAUUUCAAC